AUGCAAGAUAUCCAAGUUUUUUUAAGCGUAUUUACCUGUCUUUUCGUCUUUUACAUCUCGGCUCAUAAGAGUGUGAUGAAUAGGUAUAAGUCAGAUGUGCCCUGCUUACAAUAA